CUUCUCUUCUCCUCUCUUCUUCUUCCUCCUCCUCUCUUUCACUUUCCAUUGACUUUUACCACCAUCACAUCAUGAACCCCGUCCGCCCCCUCCAGCGAUUAGGCCGUGUUGUAGGCCGGCCAACCGUCGUCCCGGCGCUGUCGCGCAGCUUUGCCAGCUCCAUUCCGUCGUUAUCAAAUGCCCGGCCUCCGCGGGGCUGGACGCCGACGCCGUUUGUCACCGAGACUGUGGGAGGAGGAUGGCACACUUACGACAUCUUCUCUCGCCUACUCAAGGAACGAAUCAUCUGCCUAAACGGCGAAGUCGAUGAAACCAUGUCCGCCUCCAUCGUCGCGCAACUCCUUUUCCUAGAAGCCGACAACCCCCAAAAGCCCAUCCACCUGUACAUCAACUCCCCCGGAGGCUCCGUCACCGCCGGCCUCGCCAUCUACGACACCAUGACCUACAUUGCCUCUCCCGUGAGCACCAUCUGUGUCGGCCAAGCCGCCUCCAUGGGCUCUCUGCUCCUGUGCGGCGGCCACCCGGGCAAGCGCUUCUGUCUCCCGCACUCGUCGAUCAUGGUGCAUCAGCCUUCAGGAGGGUACUUUGGUCAGGCGAGUGAUAUUGCGAUUCAUGCGAAGGAGAUCCUGCGGGUGCGAAGCCAGUUGAAUAAGAUUUAUAAACGCCAUUUGACGGGAAAGAGGGAGAUGACGCUGGAGGAAAUUGAGAAGUUGAUGGAGCGAGAUUACUUCAUGGGCGCGAAAGAGGCGUUGGAUAUGGGCAUUGUGGAUGAGAUUCUGGAGAGAAGGGUGGGUGGUGAAGAUGGGAAGGCUUAGAUGGGAUGAUUAGGAUGGGAUGUGGUGGAAUACCCCUUGUUUCUUUUUCUUUUGUUUGAGGUAUGUUAUGGUAUGUAUGUCGGUCCUUGGGUGUAGUUAUGUAUCAAUAUCCCCGUGAUGACUUAUGGCUAUGGUUGAGAUAAAAAGUAGGUAUCAUCAGCAUUUAGAUCGAAAUAGCAAC